UUACUCUGCAAGAAACCGUUGAAUUCCAACAAUGGCAGCCAUGUCAAUAAUGACCACCAGCAGGAACGCCAUUUUUAACUUCUCCAAAUCCCUUUCUCGAACCCCUUCUUCUCUCUAUCGCAGACCCAAAGUCUCCAGAGUUUGCUUCUCCUCUGCCUCCACUCCCGAGGUACGUAUCAAUUCACUUUUAUAUGUCAUGACGCAGUGUGGAUUUAUAAUGAUGAAGUAAUUACUACUAAUUGACGCAGGGAUUGCACGCAUCGGGGGAUUACGGAAGGAGAGAAGGCAACAGGACCGUGGGAGAUGCGGCGGCAAACAUUGCCAACCGGACGAAGGAGAACACGAGAGAAGCGGCGGACAGAACGAAGGAGAAAACCCAAGAAAUGGCGGGGAAGGCUAAAGGAAAAGCAGAGGACUUGAAGGAGAGAACAGAGGACAGGGCAGGGGAGGCCAAGGAGAGGGCCAAAGAAGGGGCGGGAAGGAUGGCGGACAAGGCCAAAGAGUAUGCCCACGAGACGAAGGAGACCACCAAGGAGGCGGCAGGUGCCACGGCGGAGAUGACCAAGGGAGGGGCCAACAAGGCGGCAGAUGCUGCCAAGGGCGUCGGUCAGAAGGCUAAGGAGACGGUGGAGGGUGCUCUGGGGGCGGUCAAGGAGACUGGUCAGAAAAUAAAGGAAACUGUGGUGGGGAAAGCCGAGGACGGCGACGAUGGAGAGAAGAGGAUUGACGAGCUGAGGAGACGUGCAGCCGGUGAUAGGAAAGUGUGAAGGCCGACGAUGGAUUUUAAUUAAUUAGAGCCUGCAGGAAGCAAAUAUGUAUAAUAAUAAAUGCGAAACGUAGAUACCUGUAUUGCUUCUUUAUAUACUCCGUUUAUGUGUGUUUUAUUCUCCUCCACCAUCACUAGUAUAUA